AACCGAUUGUUUUACUUUUACCGCCAUCAAAGAGAAUCCAAAUAGUCGGAGGGAGAGAGAGAGAGGGAGGGAGAGCUUUGAGAGCACGGAGCAGCCCAAGUGUCUCCUCCUACCUUCCUGUCCUCGAUUCUGGCGUUCCCCAUCUGUCCAUCGCUACCUUCCAACACAAAGCGGCAGCUAAAGGAGAAAUUAGAAGAAGAUUCACGGCGAGAGGUACUCAGGAAGUGAAACUCAACAGUAAGCCGCGGCCUGUGAUAUCUCCUUUGUUGGUAAACCAUGCCGCCGGAAAUGCCGCCGGCGGUUCUCCCCCUUCUUCUCUCCUUCAUCUUCCUGCUCCCUAUGGUCUCAGAAGGGGCGUUCGUGGGGGUUAACAUCGGCAUGGCUAUGGCUGACCGGCCCAAGGCCGAGGAGGUAGUGAGGAUCCUUCAGGACCAGGAGAUCACCCACGUCCGCCUCCUCGACCCCGACCGCGAGCUGCUGAAGGCCCUCGCCGGCACCGGCAUCCAGGUCAUGUUAGGGCUCCCCAACAACGAGCUCCUGCGCGUUGGGCAGUCCCGGGCUGCGGCUGCCGAUUGGGUCAAGCGCAACGUCGCCUCCUACCUCCCUGCGACCAACAUCACUUCCAUCGCCGUUGGCAGCGAGGUGCUUACCGUCAUUCCUAAUGCUGCGCUCGUCCUCUUCCCCGCGAUGAGGUUUCUCCACUCGGCGCUCCUCGCCUCCAACCUCGACUCGCAGGUGAAGGUCUCUACUCCUCAGUCCAUGGACAUCAUUUUCCAGCCCUUCCCGCCCUCGGCAGCCACCUUCAACUCCUCCUGGCUUCCCAUCCUCUUCCCGAUUCUCCGUUUUCUGCAGAACACUCGCUCCUUCUUCAUGCUCAACGCCCAUCCUUACUACGGCUAUGUCAAGGCAGGCGGCAUCUUCCCCCUCGACUACGCGCUCUUCCGGCCGCUCCCCUCGGUCAAGCAGAUCGUCGACCCCAACACCCUCUCUCACUAUAAUGGGAUGUUCGAUGCCAUGGUCGAUGCCGCCUUCUACUCCAUGGCAGCUGCCAACUUCUCCACUAUCCCCAUCGUGGUGACGGAAACGGGUUGGCCGUGGCAGGGCGGUACGGGGGAGCCAGAUGCGACCGUUGAAAACGCUUUAACCUACAAUGCCAAUCUCAUACGGCGAGUGAUCAACGACACCGGCACGUCCGGCCGGCCGGGGGCGGGAAUCGGCACCUAUAUCUACGAAAUGUUCGACGAGGACAUGAAGGCAGGGCCUGUCUCUGCCAGGAGCUGGGGGGUCUACUUCCCUAACGGGACGGCGAUUUAUUCUCUGGCGAUUGGCACCGGCGUGACGACCAACACCACCUCCGGCCCGGUGGUGUUCUGCGUGGCUCGGCCAGACGCCGACCCCGUGGCAUUGAAAAUGGGGCUUGACUGGGCCUGCGGCCCUGGCUCUGCGAAUUGCACGGCAAUUCAACAGGGGCAGCCCUGCUUCCUGCCUGACACCCUCGCCAGCCACGCUUCCUACGCCUACAGCGAUUACUACCGCAAGACGGUGACCGCCGGUGGCACCUGCGACUUCAAUGGCACAGCGACUCUCUCUUACUCGGAUCCCAGCCAUGGAAGCUGUGUUUAUGUGGGGAGCAGCUCGGGCUCCACAGCUACUCCUGGAGGCAGCAGCGGCGGCACCGGAGGAGGGGGUACUGCAAUGGGUCCAACGGCAAUGCCGCCAUCUUCUGGGGGUAAUUCCAGAUCCCCCCUCGUCUCUCACUUCUGCAUUUCUACCUUGUGGACGAGUAUCUGGGCCCUUCUGCUCGUCUCUGUAGCUUGUAGGCCCCUCCCCUUGGGGACCCAGUUUUGCCUUGUCCGUGCAUCCGUAAUUUGAAAGGUAGAGAGAGAAUUCAUGAUGUACUUAUUCGAAUUCUAAUGUUUAUGUAUGAUAUCUGUAAGAGGUCAAGCAUCAGUGAAUGCAAUUCAUUACAACCUUUCCUCUUGUAUACAAUCGGUUACUUUUCUUUCA